GUUCCUUAUCUGACGUCGAUCGCACUCGCAGUAUAGCUAUAGCACCUUCCAUCUCUCGCGCUCUCGGUGGUGUCAUGCAAGUCAGCGAAGCCAGGCGAAGCGACCUCAAGAGCGCCGUCCCAACAUCCACCAGACCACCAAAGCAACAAAAAGCACGCGAUCGAUCGGUACAAUUCUAGAAGCCCCUCCCCUGCCUGCCUCUCAGCACAAGUGCGUUGAUUCCUGCUCCCACGAGAGGACAGCAACGAGCGAGGAGAGGGCGGAAAAUUCCAGUUCAAUUCGUUUUCUUCUCCUUUCUCCGUCGCCGGCGCCGGCCAUGGCUAGUCGUCUUUCCGCCAUUGCGUGACUCGCAGGUUCCUGGACUGUGGCCUCAGCUGCCGGGCUCUGUGUAAGCAUACCAUCAACCGAACAGCUCGAAGGACACAGGCAACAGCUCGAAGGACACAGGCAACUGUUAGGUUGAGCAUCAUUGGGAGUGGAAGAAAUCAUGUUUAGGAGAAAGCAUGCCUCUCAUUUCGAUUCCAACGAUGCUGAUCAGCGAAAAGCAAAGAUUGCUGAACUGAAAUCUGCACUUGAGCCUUUGUCUGCCCGUAGUGAGAAGUACUGCAGCGAAGCAUGCUUGACAAGAUAUCUAGAAGCCCGUAACUGGAAUGUUGCUAAGUCCAGAAAAAUGUUGGAAGACAGUCUCAAGUGGAGGGCAGCUUACAGGCCAGAAGAUAUACGCUGGCCUGAAGUUUCUGUUGAAGGGGAAACAGGUAAAAUGUACAGGGCAAGUUUUCGAGACAGAGAGGGGAGAACUAUUGUCGUUAUGAGACCAGCAAAGCAGAACACAUCAUCCCAUGAAGGACAGAUACGGUUCCUUGCAUACUCUUUGGAGAAUGCAAUCCUCAGCCUGCCUGAAGGCCAAGAGAAAAUGGUCUGGCUGAUCGACUUCACAGGAUGGACAAUGGCAAAUGCUGUGCCCAUAAAGACUGCCCGAGAAACUGUAAACAUCCUGCAGAAUCAUUAUCCUGAGAGGCUGGCCAUUGCAUUUCUAUUCAAUCCCCCAAAAGUAUUCGAAGCGUUUUGGAAGGUUGUCAAAUAUUUUGUUGACCUGAGAACGAUCGAGAAGGUGAAGUUUGUUUACCCGAAGGAUGAAGAGAGCAUGAAGGUCAUCCACAAGUUCAUUGACCCGGAAGUCCUUCCUAUUGAGUUUGGGGGCAAGAGCAGUGUGGUUUACAACCAUGAAGAGUACUCUGAGUUGAUGACCAAAGAUGACACUAAAAUAUCCAGCUUUUGGGCAACAGAUGCUCAAACUGACCAUGUUAAUCAUGUCAUCGAUGGGACCUUGGCCCCUGAGGUUACACCUGUUGUCACCGCUAAUUGCUGAUAAAAUUAGCUGAGGAGUAUCAUUCUGCUAUGAUAAGAGUUAUUCUAUAUCUCAUAUAGCUUUAUUGGAGGAAACAGACAAGUAGAGGACUAAUGGAAUCACACCAAACAUAAGUGAAUAAAAUAACAAAUAAGUUAUGUACUUU